CGAUAACAAUUCUGAUCCAGCUCCUCGAAGAUGAAAGUUAUUAUCAAGUUUAACGUUCGUGAAACGACAAUGUCAAUGUGGCAAUCUACUUACGAAUGAUUUCUGAAUGGGUGAAACUGAGAAAAAUUAUUCAUAAUAUCACUUGAAAUCUAUUCGUGGUAAUUAUCAGCUCGGCGACGCAGUUCUUCAGUUUUGUAAAAGUGUUCUAGCUCAGCAGGAGUGAAAGAUUAAUUAUUUAUAAGUGAAAUCAGUGAGACAUGGCAAGUCAAAAUGUUGCAUCUUGGCGAGGAGAAACAUUGGUGAUGUUGUGAAGCCAUCUUGGCCAACGAGAUAGCUAUGUGAAGUGGUUGUUCAAAAUUGUAUGAGCAAUAUCCGAGUGUAUAUUGAUUGCUCUUAUUAUUAAAACUUGUUGAUAAGUUUAUCAGCGUGUAGCAUUGUGUUUCAAGUGAGACUUAUUUAUAGGUGACACUUGCUUAAUUUCUGUCUGGCACACGUUGUAAUGGCAUAAUUAGUUAAUAGUUUAAUGGUUGUCUCUGUAAUUGUUUUAACUUCACGCCUGCCUGGCAGUGUUUUAAUGCCCUCGUUUGUGCUGCUAUAUUCAAAUGUUAAGAACGGGCCGAGUAUAUCAAGCCUCUGUAGGGGGAUUGAUUGACAGCCUUGAAAAUACCAAUGGAAUUUUUUCCGAUGGAAUAAGAAUUAUCUUUGUGAAGAAAUAACGCAAAGAUGAGGCGCCAUCUCAUGUGCGUGCUCCUGGCCUUCAUAUCAACUUUUGUGGGGGUGUCCAAAGGUCAGAGACUUGAAGAUGGUGCUUGUCCAAGUUUCGAGAGCAACCCUUGGUGUCCAUGCUACCACAUCAACAGCGAUGUGUUCUUGGAGUGCCCUAUGGUGUCCCUUGGAGUUGUUAACAGCGUUCUGCGCAUGAUACAACGUCCAAUAAUGUCGUUUAGUAUAUACGACUUGGACCCAAAUGUCACGGUACUUCCGUCGUACCUUUUCAAAGAUUCUGUCAUUUGGACUUUGCACUUAUCACAUAGUAAUGUCAGCGUUAUACAUGAGAAAACCUUUCGAGGUUUAGAGGACACAUUAAAAAAAUUGACUCUGAUGCAUAGUAAGCUUACUGAGGUGCCUCAAAGUGCCAUUCAAAAACUGCGCAGACUAGAACUGCUAGAUUUGGAAGCUAAUAAUAUCAAACAAAUUCAAGGUGACAGUUUUUUUGGGAUGAAACUCACGUCUCUAAACCUGAAUGGUAACGGCUUAAACUAUAUAUCAGAGUAUGCCUUUGAUGGGUUAGAAGACAGCCUAAAAGAGCUGAACUUAAUGAAUAAUGCAUUGGAAAGACUACCAAUUUCUUCAGUGCGGAGGCUCAAGAAGCUCAAGAGCCUUAAAGUGACUUGGAAUUUGAUAGAAGAAGUGCAAGGUGACGGCUACUCGACCUUGCCGGCCUUGCAAGUUUUAGACUUGAGUAGCAACAAGUUCCGUUUUCUUACUAACAUAUCUUUAUCUUCAAUGCCUGCCUUAGUGUCUUUGUCUAUGUACCUUAAUGAUAUUUCUUACAUAUCCGAAGAGGCUUUCAAGCACUGCCCAAACUUAGAAACUUUGUAUUUGAGUCGAAAUAAUAUCCGAGAUUUAGGACCAUCGACGUUUUCUCACACGCCCAAGUUGCGAGUCAUAGAUUUAGGUCACAAUCAUCUCCAUGAUUUUCAUGAUGAUCUUUUUUCGAACUUAACUGAGCUUCAGGAGAUUUUUCUGCCAAACAAUAACAUUCUUAGAAUAUCAAACCUUUCAUUUUCAAACACGAGUAAAGUGUCUGUAAUUUAUCUGCAAAAUAAUGAAAUCCAUCACAUCGGCAGUGGCGCCUUCAGCAACAUGGAGCAUUUGUUUAACCUGCAGCUGAGCUCCAAUAAUUUGCGGGAGAUCCACGUCGAUCUUUUCAAGAAGACGCGCUCGCUUAGCUCCCUCAGUCUCGACGACAACAAGAUCUCGAAAAUAGAAGACGGAGUUUUCAGUCAUCUCAAUGAACUGCGAGAACUUCGCUUACAGAACAACGAAAUAAGAACUAUCAAUAAAAAAACAUUCUCUCCAUUGAAGAAUUUACUCGAACUUCACUUGCAAGAAAACAAAAUUGAGAGCAUUGCUAAAGAAGCCUUCUAUUCUCUUGAACAUUUGCAACAACUGGACCUUUACGGUAACAGACUUGUACACUUUCCUGACAUAUUGAGUCGCUAUCCAGCAAACUUGAUGAUCUUGAGAGCUUCAAAAAAUAAUAUUACAACGAUUCAUGACGAUGCCUUCAGAGGUCAAAGCAAACUUGAAAUUCUCUGGCUUAGUGAGAAUAAUAUCUCGAGUAUCAAAGAAAUAGUUUUUAGUGACUUGUCUUCCCUCAAACAGCUUCAUCUUGAAUUCAAUCGCAUCGAUUAUAUUCAAGAUAACACAUUUAGAAACUUGAAGAAGCUAGAAAGUCUGUAUUUGUCUCACAAUAAAUUGCAGCAUCUUAGUUCACUUACAUUCGAAGGCUUGAAAAGCCUAAAAGAACUUUAUGUGUCCAAUAACGUUAUCAUGGACAUUGAACCUCAAACAUUCCAAAAACUGGAAAAGUUGGAGUACCUCGAGAUUUCUCACAACCAAAUUGCAGUUGUUAGAAGAUUUAUGUUCGAAGGGUCUAUUCCCUUGCGGUCAAUAAGUCUGGAAUCUUCGAGAAUCGACGACAUAGAGACGCUAGUGUUCGCAGACCUUGCCACAUUGGAAAACCUCAACAUCAAAGGUAAUGUCUUGAGUCGACUUAGCAGCACGUUUCUCAGGACCCCUAACUUGAGAACAUUGGAUGUUUCGCACAAUCAAUUCAAAUCAGUCGAAGAAGACUCCCUCUUUGCCUGUAAAAAUCUCGACUCUCUUGACAUGAGUUUUUGUGAACGACGAGAUCUACCGAUUAAUUUUUUCUCCGAAUCGAAUUCUUUGAGGAUUUUAUCUCUAAGAAACAAUCGAUUAGAACGCCUCACUGAAGCUAUGUUUCAGAAAUUAACUAACUUGAAGGUGCUGAAUCUAUCUGGAAAUAAUUUGAACAGCCACAGUUUACAUGCGCUGGAUAAAUUGGUAUCCAUAGAAACUUUGGAUAUCAGUAACAAUCCCAUAUCAGAGUUUACCAUAUCAACCGAGAGACUGAAGAACUUGAAGGAGUUGGAUUUGUCAAGCACUCACCUCAAGUCCCCGACCCUAUACACAUACCGACGAUUUUUACGCUUGAAGUUCUUAAGCUUAUCAAACAACAGCUUAGCAGACUUUCCGACUGGUUCUUUCGCAUCAUCGAGUCUCGAAGAACUGAACCUGUCCAAUAACAACCUCAAGGAAAUUCCGCGUUCCUUCCUAACGGACCGACCUCCGAUGCUCAAAAAGCUUAACGUUUCUGGCAAUCCUCUGAAGUCAUUGACAGGAGAUUCAGGUUUAUUGGCAGCUCUAGAGAUCUUAGAGGCGCCGUACACGAACCUUACAGACUUGUCUUCAAGAGACUUCGCAGCCGUGCCUAACCUGCGCGUUCUUCGGCUGUCCGGCUCCAGCAUCAGCAAGAUCGCUCCUGGAGCUUUCCGAAAACUGGAGCACUUAGAAGUCUUAGAUUUAUCUUUCAAUCUGCUGCUACUUCUUCCGAAAGAAAGGCUCCGAGGAUUGUCUGCUCUAAAUGUCCUAAAUAUCUCUGGCAACAAUCUGGAGAGAUUAGAUCCUUUGCCGCCCGAUGCCCGCAAUAUCAAAAUCCUAGACGCGUCAGACAACCUAAUCACUCGACUACGAGAUAGGACGCUGGCUGAAGCGACGUCCCUAGAGAUCCUUCUACUGGCCCGCAACAAUCUGGGGGACUUGGACCCCGCUUCCCUGCUGGCACAAACUAAGCUCCAGACCCUCGAUCUCUCCUUCAAUAAUCUCACGUCCCUUGAUCCUGCAGUCCUGGAAAAAGUCGAACGCUCACUGAAGAUUCUCAAACUUAAAGGUAACCCCUGGAACUGUGACUGUGAGGUGCGGCCGUUAUGGUCUUGGUUGAGCGACCAUCUCUCCUUAGUGCAAGAGCUCAACAUGGUUACCUGCUCCCAACCCGAGAGUUUGAAGGGCGCCCUGCUGCUGCCGGAGUCGAGUCAGAGCUUCUGCCCACAGCAGGCGGUGAUAGCAGGACUGUCGGUGGAGGACGUGUUGAGCCACAGCGUCGUGGUCAUGUGGCAGCCUGCGAACGACACCAACCUACAGGGCUUCACUAUUGCUUUCCAAGAAACGCGGCCCGACGGUCGCCUCCUGGGGCUGCUGCACACGCAUAAGCUGCCGCCCGAGCCUCGCAGCCUAACCAUCACGGAGCUGCUGCCCGACACUCGCUACCUCGUGUGUGUUCAGGGCAUCACCACACCAACCCACAUCGACGCGCGAUCCAUGCCCCACACACAGGAGAUGCCGCUGUCGCUCUCUCAAGAGCAGCAGAGCGACACUAAGUGCACCAGAGUUCGAACCCUGCAAGCGCCGCCCGAGCGAACUUUGCUCAGUACUCGCCUGGCCGUCCUCAUAGGCAGUGUGUCGGCCAUUGCUCUGGUAGCUUUCGUGGUUAUCAUCGCCAUAUGUUGCAGGUUGUGCCAGAGCAAAGGUGAACCUCUCAAGCCAAGAGAAAUACCUCCACCUACAGAUUUUCUGAGCAACUAUAGACAUCUUUCUGUUCCCAAUAGUGACGUCACUACCACAAAUAACACUGCGAAUGUGCCCACCGAAAAUCACAACACUGCUUGUUGAUCACUCCGUAUGCAUGACUAUAUAACAUCGCCUUCACCAAAAUACAAGUUGCGUUCUCUGGCAUUGAAACAAAAAACAUUUAUAUAAAUUAAACACAGCAUAAACGUCUCCACUAGUAAAAAUACAGUCAGACUUGAUUACCUGGAUCACAGAUAAAACUGAUGGACUUCAUCAACAAUAACGAUUAAAAUAUUCAUCUCCAUCACAACAGCAAUAUCAGUAAUAUUCAUCGUAAACACCUUUAUAAACAGAGAUCUGUCAACACAUAACCUUCACCAAAAUCGCAACUAUGCAUAGAUAACACUUUUUAAAACGAGGAUCUUUCAUCACCACCCACAACAGGGAAAUAGAUCAUCACCAUUCACUACUCUAAAUACUCGUAUCUUUAAUCAACUUCUUAUGCGUAGCAUCCACGGUUCGUUAGUUAACCAUUGGUCAAUCUUUAAUUGGCCUUUGUUUUAUAUUAAGGAACGAUGUACUGAAUAUUACACCAAACCUCUCAUUCCUAUACACCAAAGAAUCUCGUUUGUUUCGUGUACAGUAGUCCUAAAGAUAACUUAUUUUUAUAAUGCAAAUUUGACUCUUCAUGCACUAAUCAUCUUCUACUUAGGUUAAGUAUACCUCAUAUUUUUUAAGAUCAGUUUGUGAAUGAAGAUGAAGAUGUUUCCCGCUGUUUAAUUGUGAAUGACGAGUGAGUGAAUGUAAAAUAGAACGUUCAUGUAAAUAUACUAUUUAUGUCGUUGAGACAUGGAUGCAUAAUGGCGUUACGUACAUUUAUUUAUGCGCGUGCUCGGAAAGAUUCUCCAUGGAAACACAUACAUUGAUUAAUGAGAGAUUUAAAUAACAAAGUGAAUACCAGGUAAGCCCAGGAAUUUUCGUUUUUUAUUAAAAAAAAUAUAUUCUCUCAUAGUUUCUCAAGUAUAUCCCUGUUGUUUGAACCGGUCGUUGUUCAAAAAAUUUAUAGAGAAGAAAACUUUAGACGAAAUCCCAUAAUUUGAUUAAACGUUAAUUCUAUUAUAUGAUCAGAUACAUUCGUACUUGUGAUUAAAUAUAUAAUAAAUGAGAUUAGUCCCUGCCUGAGACUUGACUUUAGUGAUCUUUAUGCAUGAGAGACUUGACUUAAUUCUCUCUCAGUAAUGUCGGAAACUUAGUGAAUGUUCUUUAUUUCUACUUAAUUUAGCGGCGAUUAGUUUCUAGGGAAGUUAUGUUGUUAUAUUUUUAUUCAGUUAUAGGGCUGUUAAUAUUAUCUAAUAAAUGAAAACUUUGAUGAUCGUUAUAUUUGCCGCCCUUCUCACCCCACCAAAAUGUCUGACGAGAUUAGACUUAAGCUUUAUCGCAUAGGCAGGUCAACUACAUGGCACAUUUUUGCAAUAAAAAUCAAUCGAAAUGCUAGAACAUGUUGCCCUAUUUACGAUAAAUGAAUGAUUAAUUUCUCAUUGCUUUUUAUUUUUCAGUAAUCGUCAAUUAAUCACAAAAUUCUGCUGUUUCUACUCAUUGGCCAAAAAUACAUGACGAUAGUCGGCGAAAAUUCUGCGCAAGAAAAAAUUGUCGAUGUACUGGCGUUCAAUGGAAUGAAAUGCAUUGCAAAAUUUUGCUUCUCUGAAUUGGUAACUAUUUUCUGUAUAUUUUUUCAGCCAAGUUAGGCUCUUAAUCAUAAAUGCUUUACAACAAAUAAUACCAAAAAUGCAAAAUAUCUAUUAUUUAUGAGGAAUUUUAAGGCAUAAAAAUUAUUUAUGUCCGAUUCUUAUUGUUCGCUGAACAAUAGCUUCACGAAAUUACUAAAUCUUAAUAAGGCGUUAUUGCGUAAUGCUUAUUUUGAUCGAAAUAACAUUAACAAUGUUAAGAAUUUUUUCAUUCAUUUAUGUAUGCUUUUGUUAUUCGGAGAUCCAAUAUUUCUGGUGUAUAAUUGGUUUUUGGUUGGCCUCCUAUAACCCGCCUCUGAUUAUUAGCAUAGUCUUACAUUCUAUGUACCGUCAGAUGUGAAUCAUGAAUGACUUACAAUUUUAAUAUAUAUCUCAUUUUUCGACGCAAGCAAGAAUAAUCUAAUGAAUAUCAUAAGCUAUUUAUCGUCGCUCCUUAGCCGGCCAUCCCUGGUCCGGCUAUGAUAUUUGAGAUGAAGCAACAUUCCAAUAAAUUUUAUAGGUUUAAUUAUACCCGCAGUGAUAAUUAUCUGCGACAGCUUUAAAAUGUUGAGAUUUAUUGUGUGAAUUAUUGGAUGAAUCCAAAUAUCUAACGUCGCACAGAUCCUGACCUCAUGUGUGAAUAUGUCUGUUGAAAUGUGAAUAAAACAAUGUAUCUAUGAGUAA